CACACACUGCUUGCCCCUUCACAUUUCACAGGGAUAACCAGGCUGCCUUCCUCCUCACCCACAACCAAGAGGACCUGUCCCCAGCUGGAAGAAGUUCUGGAGUUCCACCUAGAGUGGUCUACAGGAAGGUCCUGAGGUUCCCAUUGCCUUGCAGGUCAUCACAGGGGUCUACAGGAAGGUUCUGAGGUUCCCAUUGCCUUGCAGGACAUCACAGGGGUCUCCUGGAGUUCCACCUAGAGAGGUCUACAGGAAGGUCCUGAGGUUCCCAUUGCCUUGCAGGUCAUCACAGGGGUCUACAGGAAGGUUCUGAGGUUCCCAUUGCCUUGCAGGACAUCACAGGGGUCUCCUAGCUUCCUCUCAGUGGUCUCCUUGCCUUUCAGGGUCAUCACAGGUGGGACACCUUGUCAUCUCAGAGGACCUCAUUGCCCAAGAGGACUACAAGAACAAAGAAGGAUCAUAUACUUUGUAACACCUUGUGGCAAGAUUCUUAUUUUAUCCUUCUGGUUUACUCAGCCCUGAGUCAUAGGCUGGGACAAACUUCUCUCCACUCUUAGUCACACUAACAACAAACUUUUUAUUUUCUUUGUCGCUUUCCAUGGGACGCUAGAGAAAAGAAAGUUUCGAUGGUAACACAAGAAGCCCUUUGAAGAGUGAGAUUGUCCCCCCCUCUCAGAUCUGAGCCCUGGAUCCUCAGGCAGAGGAGCAGAAGAUCGCACUGCUGCCUGCCCACUGAUUCGGAUUUACCCUGCUUUUGGGGGGGCAAAGGGGGGAGAAAGUUUACUGCUUCGGUUGGAUUUCUAAUCCUCUGUGAACAGUAGUGGUGUAUUCUGUCACAGAGCCAUGCCUCAGCUCUCUGGAGCAGGGGGAGGCAAUGGAGGUGGUGGGGACCCUGAGUUGUGUGCCACCGAUGAGAUGAUCCCGUUCAAGGAUGAAGGGGAUCCCCAAAAGGAGAAGAUCUAUGCGGAGAUCAGCCACCCGGAGGAAGAAGGGGAUCUGGCAGAUAUCAAGUCCUCUCUGGUCAAUGAAAGUGAAAUCCCUAACAGCAACAACCACGAGGAAAGGGAUCUGGCCCUUCACUUUGUAUGCGCUACAUCACCAAGUUGUCGGCAGAUAAUGGAAAAUGUCUUGCUAUCCAGAAGAAGGCAAGACUCUUACCAUGAAAAGUCUAGAGAGCACCCAGACGAUGCUGGAAAACAUCCGGACAGUGGUUUAUACAGCAAAGGCCAUUCGUAUCCUGGAUACCCAAGCUACAUCAUGAUGCCAAAUAUGAAUAAUGACCCAUACAUGUCAAAUGGAUCGUUGUCUCCACCCAUUCCUAGAACAUCAAACAAAGUUCCAGUUGUGCAGCCCUCACAUGCAGUGCAUCCCCUCACACCUCUCAUCACAUACAGCGACGAGCACUUUGCCCCAGGAGCUCACCCUUCACAUAUUCCUUCAGAUGUCUGCUCCAAGCAAGGCAUGCACAGGCAUCCUCAAGCACCUGACCUUCCUACCUUCUACCCCAUGUCUCCUGGAGGAGUGGGCCAGAUGACACCACCUCUUGGCUGGUAUUCACAUCACAUGGUCCCUGGUCCUCCAGGUCCCCACACAACUGGAAUCCCUCAUCCCGCUAUUGUCAAUCCUCAGGUUAAACAAGAACACCACCACCACCACAAUGACAAUGACCUAAUGCAUGUGAAAUCUCAUCAUGAACAGAGAAAAGAGCAGGAGCCAAAAAGACCUCAUAUAAAGAAGCCGCUGAAUGCUUUCAUGUUGUAUAUGAAAGAGAUGAGAGCGAAUGUCGUAGCAGAGUGUACGCUUAAAGAAAGUGCCGCCAUCAAUCAGAUUCUCGGCAGAAGGUGGCAUGCUUUAUCCCGUGAAGAACAGGCCAAAUAUUAUGAGCUAGCCCGCAAAGAAAGGCAGCUACACAUGCAGCUCUAUCCAGGCUGGUCUGCAAGAGACAACUAUCGCCAUGCAGCCUCUAUCCCAGGAAAGUUUGAAGCCCAUGUGGAUGUGGAGUCUUUGUUUAGUCAAGGUAAAAAAAAGAAAAGGAAGAGAGAAAAGCUCCAGGAAUCCACAUCAGGUGGAAAAAAGAAUUCUUUCUCAGCGUGCAAAGCAAAGGCAGCAACAACAACAACAACAGGGGGACUUCUGGAGAUGGAAGCUUGUUAAACUUCCUCAGCUUCCUUAACAACCACCACAUUUUUCCAAGGAGUCCGUCAAUGACAUUAUAUGCCACUGCUAGAGACACUGUACCGUAUAGACAAUCACUGCCUGAUGUUUGGCACCACUGGUACCAUGGGCUUUCAUGUAAUGCAGCUAUGUCCCUAGAGAUAGAAAACAUUGGAGGAAUCAUUAGGACAUGUUGUAAUCCAAAGUUUUCAUACUUCCUACCUGCAGCGUUCAGUGCAUACGUGAAGCUCCUAAACCAGACACAGACCAAACAGAGCGCUAAUUUUUGACAUAAAACAUGGACAAGACAAACCUCUUUUAUUUAAAAAUGGAGCAAAAGGAUCAAAAUUUGUGUUUUUGUUUCUUUCUUUUUUUUUUAUCAUUGUAUUGUUUAUUCUCCAUAAAACUUGAAUGCUUUUAUAUAUCAGAUUUAGGGUUGAUUGAUGUAUAUUUUAUUAGUCAGGGUAUAAACUAAGCCCUCUCCCUUUUCCAGCAAAAAUAUUUCUUUUUGUUUUUCGCACAAAUAUAUGGCUUUUUUUUUAUUUCCUUUUUUUCCCAUUUUGUUAGGGUUGAAUGAGCAGCCUUCCACAUUUCAAAGGUUGAAAGUGUGGGAAUUCGCGUCUAAGACUAUGGCCACUAAGGAACCUGUACUGUAUUGAAAUGACAUCCAUCUUGUACUGUAUAUCUUGGAAGCUUCCAUUAUGUUGAGUAGUACAAAGUUGCAGAAAAACAAGUUUCAUUAUAAAGGAUUGUGGUAUAAGGCAUAACAAUUAACACUGAUAAUUUUGUGUAACAAUCUGUUGUUGGCCAAGGAAAACAGGCAGUCUACUUGAUCAUAAAAUGAUGUAACAAAGUUCACCAGUUCAUCUUUUCGACUCAUCAAGUGGAACUAGGUUCUUCUAGUUUAUUUUAUUGUCCUCUUAUAAUUUUGUGCAGUAGGGUGGAGUUCAGUGCCAUUUUUCAUAAUUCCUUAUGGAAGGGUUUAAACCUUUUAUUGGCAUAUUUUCUCCACGAAUCAGCCUUGCCAGCAGUUAAGUGAUUCUUUAUUUUUUACAUCAUUUCAGUGUUUUCUCGAUUUGUGUUGUCAAAUGCCUAUAUUUAAUAUAAACGUAAUUUGUUAAGGAAGGCUUGAAGAGUCUUGGCCUAUUUGGAAACAUCUCCCAUACGUCCCAAGGAAAAGGUGAUACAUUUUUGAGUAUUCUCUUUCCACAUGUUGUGAAAAAAAAAGAAGCCCAGCACUUGGAUUCAUUGUAACAAUGUAAAUUGUUCUGUAUUGUAUUUGUAUUAUUUUCUUCUGCUACCCUAUAGUGGGAUUUGAUGCCAGUUGUUGGGGGAAAAAAACAUUGUGAUGUCUCCCUCUUACUGAUGGCAAAGUGCAGGCUUUGCAGAAAGAAAACUGUCAGUUUAUUUUUUUCUUUUGUCAUUCCAAUUUGAGUUAAUGUGCUGAGCAUAUGUUUUUAAAAAAAAAAGCUUUGUAAUAAAACAGAAAAAAUAUUAUACUAUUUGUUGCUA